UGCCCCUGUCCAGCCGGCCAGUUUCUCUCUCUCUCCUUGUCUGUCUGUCUGCCUGUUUUUUUUCUCUCUCCCGGACCAGGUCUCCUCCACCAUGCUGGUAAAAGCACUCCUUCAGACCUCGCUGGUCCUAUGGCUGGCACAGCACACCCUACAAGGAGGAGUGAAACCUCAAAGUGGCGGUAUGGGGAGAAUGCUACCCAGGGGGGCUGGUGCUCUUGGGAUACAGGGAGGCCGUGGAGGCUACGGAGCCAACGGAGCCAAGCCCGCUAAGACCGGAGGAGCUGGGGGUGGUCGUUAUCCAGGGGGGGCUCAGCAGCUUGGAGGAGGGGGAUACAGAGGCCCAGGGGGGGCCGGGGGUAGAGGAGGAUAUGGUAAUACGGGCCAGGGAGGCUAUGGUGCUGGUCUGGGAGCAGGAAUGGGCCAAGGAAUGGGGAUGGGAGCCGGACUGGGCUCACAGGGUGGGAAACCAGGUGGAGGAUACGGUGGUAAUGGCUAUGGCACACAGCCAGGUUACGGGGCUGGAGCUGGAGCCAGAGGCUAUCCACGACCAGGUGCUGGAGCUGGGUAUCCCAACGGGCAGGGAUCUAAGGCGCCAAAACCGGCUUAUGGUGCAGGAGCUGGAGUGCCCAAUGGACAGGGUGCUAAACCCAAUGGGUAUGGUGCAGGAGCUGGAGGAGUUCCCACUGGACACGGUGCUAAACCCUCCAAACUGGGUGCCUCUGCGGGAGGUUUGGGAGAUGCUGGAAAGGGUAAUAAGGGUGAAGGUCUAGUGGCACAGGAUUUAACAGGAGCAAAAAGCCAAGGACCUGCUGCAGUGCCACAUGUGAAGGGGCCCAAAAGCCCUUGUUCUGUUCUUCAAGCACAGGGAGCCAAAGGCUAUGGACCUGCAGCUCCACUGGGAAAGGAGGCCAAGAGUUCUGGUCCCGUAGCUCAGCAGCCACAGGGGGCCAAAGGUUUUGGACCGGCAGCCCCAAAUGACAAAGGGAUCAAAAGUUCUGGUUCGGUGGCAUCCCAUACACAGGGGGCUAAAAGCCUAGGACCUCAGAUACCCAUUAGAAAAGAGCCCAAAAGUCUUGGUCCUGCUGCAGUGGCAGAUGGGAAGGGGGGUAAAGGUCAAGGCCCGGUAGCUAAGCAGCCACAGGGUUCCAAAGGUGUUGGUUCUGUGGUCCCAGAGUCACAGGGGGCUAAAAGCCUACGACCUCAGGUGCCUGUUGGGAAAGAGGGCAAAAGUCUUGGUCCUGUAGCACAGGGAGGCAAAAACUAUGGACCUACGAUACCGGAUGGACAGGGAGCCAAACAUUUCGGCCCUGUUGCACUAGAACGGCAGGCAUCUAAAGGCUAUGUCCCUGCUGGACAAGGUGCAAAAGGCCCUUCUGCUGGGGUGCCAGACUGGACAGGGUCCAAAGGUCUUGGCCCUAUAGGAGGACAAUCUACUAAAAGUGUGGGUCCUCUGGCUCCUGAAACGAAAAGUCUUGGUCCCCCGGUACUGGACAGAAAGUCUAUCCAAUCUGCAAACAAGGGAUAUGGUGCAGGAGCUGGAGUGCCCAAUGGACAGGGUGCUAAACCCAAUGGAUAUGGUCCAGUUGCUGGUGUUCCUAAUGGUGCUAAACCCAGUGGUGCUAAACCCAAUGGUGGACCUCUGCUACAAUUACUGAAUGAUAUGGUCCAGGAGCUGGAGUUCCCAUAG